AUGUGUAGGAUUCGGGCCGUUCAGCAUUUCGAGUUCGCGAUUAAGUUUAGAGACUCGUUCAUCAUAGAUCCUGUUGGCUUAGUCAGGCGGCGAACUCCCGCUCUAAAACUGCCAGCGAUUCCAUCGCAGAUACCCGUUUCGCUGCUACGCUCGAACAUUAGCACGAAGAAAAAGCGACAUGGUUGGAGAGGACAUAGUAACUUACAUUCUUCUUCAAGUUUGGCGGCAGCCUCACCAUCAUCUGCUUCUUCGCGUUCGGCAGCCUCCUCAUCCCCAAGUGCAUCAUCCCCACCGCCUUCCGCGCCAGUUUCGAGAGCCAUGUCAGCAUCCUCAUCGACAUCUCUCGCUUUCCGCCCCUUUCGCUUGCCUUUCCUACUCUUUCUUCCCUUAGCAGGAGCCGCUGGCAAGUCGGACUCGGGAAUAUCAUCGACUGGGGUAUCAUCCUCGUUAGGCUUGGAAGGUUCCUCCAUGGGUUCCUCCUCAAUGGGCUCAGGCGUCAGUACAAUAUCCUCUGCGGGAGGAUCACUCAGUUCGCUUUUGAGAGAGCCGCGACGAGGCUCGUCCUCUUCGUCAAGUUCGGUGCCCAUCUCAUCAGCCGAGUUGAGCCGUUUACGUUUCUUCCCGAUGCCUUCUGAAAGUGCGGACUCAUCAAGCCCUGGCGUCUCUUCGCCAAGGUUAGGGACCUGGUUAUUUUUUGAGCGGGGCUUGCUGGGCGAAUCGUCUGGUACAUGCUCCUCGUCGUCAACUUCAUCGUAA